ACUCCUUUUAAAAGCUCUAUAUUCUAUAGCAAAGCAAAGCAAGACGCAUGAACCCAAUUCUCCUGACUUUUGGUCUGUCCCAUGACAAAACCCAACUUCUCUUCUUACCAAAAUACCAUUUGUUCCUAAACUUUUACAACAUUUUUAUCCAAUUCUUCCAUUUUUUUGGCUUUCUUGAUUUAAACAAACUGUAUCAAAAUCAAGCAGCUGAAUUCUUUUAUGUAGUUUUUUCUUGGUUCUAUUGUAGCUACAGUUCUUUUUAUAUAAUCUGAAAGAGAAAAGUUCAGACUAGUACUACUAAUGGUGACAAAGUUUAGUAUUUUUAUUUUGGUGGUGUUGUUGAGGUUAUGUUCAUUUGGUUUUGUUGCCUCAAGGGAAAUUCACAAUUUUGGGAUUAAUCUGAAUUCUAGUGCUUCUGGUAUUGAAUUCCCUCAACAUCCAAGUUUCAACUCAGUUACUGCUUCUGGAAAUUCAGACUGCAGUUAUGGAACAUCCAAGAAAUCAGCAACCACCCAUGUAAUAAUUCAAGAAGAAAAUAAUUCUGAUGAAAAAGAAGAUGAAGAUUUAAUGGUAUCUGAAAACCAGCCAAGAGAGGCAGUCAAGUUUCACUUAAGGCACAGAUCAGCUGGUCAAAAUAUAGAGGCAAAAGACUCAAUAUUUGAGUCCACAACAAGGGAUUUAGGUAGAAUUCAGACAUUGCAUACAAGGAUUGUAGAGAAAAAGAAUCAGAACUUUAUUUCAAGGCAAACAAAAAAUAGUGAAAAACCUACACAAUCUUCUUCAUUUGAAUUCUCAGGUAAGCUCAUGGCAACAUUAGAGUCAGGUGUGAGUCAUGGUUCAGGGGAGUAUUUCAUGGAUGUUUUUGUUGGUACACCUCCUAAACACUUCUCUUUGAUUCUUGAUACUGGUAGUGAUCUUAAUUGGAUUCAAUCUGUUCCUUGUUAUGAUUGUUUUGAACAAAAUGGUCCUCAUUAUGAUCCUAAGGAUUCUCUCUCUUUCAAAAAUAUAAGCUGCCAUGAUCCGAGGUGUCACCUUGUUUCAUCUCCUGACCCUCCACAGCCUUGCAAGUCUGAAAACCAGACUUGCCCUUAUUACUAUUGGUACGGAGACAGCUCGAAUACGACUGGUGAUUUCGCGCUUGAGACGUUCACGGUUAAUCUCACAACCCCUAGUGGGGAUUCAGAGAUCAAGAAAGUAGAAAAUGUGAUGUUUGGUUGUGGAUAUUGGAAUAGAGGCUUAUUUCAUGGUGCUGCUGGUUUGCUAGGACUUGGUAGAGGUCCUCUUUCGUUUUCGUCUCAGCUUCAAUCUUUAUAUGGCCAUUCGUUUUCGUAUUGUUUGGUUAAUAGGAACAGCAAUUCUAGUGUCAGCAGCAAACUGAUUUUUGGUGAAGAUAAGGAACUCUUGAAACACCCGAAUUUGAACUUCACUUCAUUGGUUGGUGGGAAAGAUAAUCAUUUAGAAACAUUCUAUUAUGUGCAGAUAAAAUCAGUUAUAGUUGGAGGUGAAGUGCUGAAUAUUCCUGAGGUGACAUGGAAUUUGUCUACAGAAGGUGUUGGUGGAACGAUCAUCGAUUCAGGAACCACUUUGAGCUAUUUUGCAGAACCAGCAUAUGAGAUUAUAAAACAGGCAUUUGUUAACAAGGUGAAGCACUAUCCUAUUUUAGAAGAUUUUCCAAUUUUGAAACCAUGUUACAAUGUUUCUGGAGUGGAGAAACUUGAAUUGCCUUCAUUUGGGAUAGUUUUUGGUGAUGGAGCUGUAUGGAAUUUUCCAGUAGAGAACUACUUCAUCAAACUUGAACCAGAGGACAUUGUUUGUUUGGCAAUGUUAGGAACUCCUCAUUCGGCCAUGUCGAUAAUUGGCAACUAUCAACAGCAGAAUUUUCAUAUGUUAUAUGAUACCAAAAGGUCAAGGCUGGGAUUUGCACCAACAAGAUGUGCUGAUGCCUGAUAGUGUUGUUUAGCUUUUUCGGGUUGAAGGUGGAAAACUGUAAACAUAGUUGGGUUAAGGAUUGUGUUCGUUCUUUUGCUGAUUGUUGAAAUAGUAUAGAUACAAUAUGUAGGUUAUAUCUUUUUCUCUCCUUUAAUUUUAGGUGUUUAGAUGAUUAUAUGAUUAUACAUUGUUUGACAGAAACUGAUUAUAAUUUAUUUAAGGAAACUUUUAAGAGCUUUUCACAUA